AUGUCGGUUCAAAGCGUCUUUGAUGCUUUCACCCACGGGGCCGCAGCGAUGGACGGCCGGACGUUCGUGAAGGUGUGCAAGGACUGCAAAGUGUUCUGCAAGCUGUAUACCACAACUGACGCGGACCUCAUAUUCGCAAAGGUGAAGCAAAAGGGAGCCAAGACCAUCACCGAGGCUGAGUUCGAGCAGGCUUUGCAGCUGAUAGCAGAAAAAAAGAAAAUCGGAUAUCAGGAACUCGUCUCUCAGCUCACAAGCGCCGCUGGGCCCGUCUACACUGGCACCAAAGCCAUGGCUAAUAAAUUCCACGAUGAUAAAAGCCUCUACACCGGAGUGCAUGCACACGGGGGACCCAGCACAAAAGAUGAUAAAGUUAAUGACCUUUCUAACCUCCUUGAUCGCAGCCCUGCAGACGUCCGCGGCGCCAAGAUGUAA